UAUAGUUCGUAGUUGAGAGCAGAACGGAGCUGCAGAGGCUGCGGUGUGUUACAGGAGUCAUGGGUUAGUGUUUGUAUGUUCGGCUGGAGACACUGCGGUGACAAACGGCUCUGAAGACUGAUGGGCUCCUUCAUUGGUCCCGGUGUCAUCGUGUGCGGCUGUUUCAGUUCUGCGGAGAUGCUUAAUGAACCCGACCUUUACAUUUGCGCUUCUUAAACGUUCUCAGGACCUGUUCCAUGGAUCCACUCCACUUUGGGACUGCUGUGAGACAGGAUUUUACUGAUAUGUGAUUUUAAGGCAGACUCUUCCAUGGAAACUGAUGAUUAUUUGUAACAUUGUUGGACAUAGAGGGGAAAAAAAAAACAAGGUGAGUGGAAUAAAGAGGCAUGCAGUGACCCUCCAGGAGACAGCUGAUGGUGGAGCGCUGCAUGUGAAGAUGGAAAAAAAAAAAUCUGUCUUUCACCAGGGCAGUGUUGGGAAGUGGUGUCAAACUGGAGAAUAGAAAAUGGCUGCUAAAUCGCAGAGCGUCGCCUUUUAGGAUUCAUAAGGACUGUCUCAUGGAUUUUUGUUUACCGCAUGUGGAUUUCUCAAUUUUUUUAACCCCACAUUUGAUAGUCAUAUGAACUCAGUCCCUUUCCCAUGUUAAUUCAUAAAACUGGUUCCUACAAGACUUUGAGGUGGCCUUCUGGGUGAUGUUAGAAUCAUCACCCUGAGCCACGCCGAAGAAAUGUCUGACACAAAAAUGCAAGCACCUGUUGGACAAGGAUGUAAAACUACAAACCAUUACUGUUCAUUUUCCCUCAUCAGCCCAUUCCUCCUGCUCCUCUUUGUGCUUUCACCUACUUUAUGUAUUCAUAUGGAGUACAUAGAGAGUCACAGUGAGUUUAGCUGUGAGCCCAUCAGACUGAGAAUGUGCCAGGACCUGCCUUACAACACCACCUUUAUGCCCAACCUCCUGAACCACUAUGACCAACAAACAGCAGCACUUGCUAUGGAGCCGUUCCAUCCCAUGGUCAAUCUUGUGUGCAGCGCUGACCUGAGGAUGUUCCUGUGUGCGCUGUAUGCCCCGGUGUGCACAGAGUACGGCCGGGUGUCCAUGCCGUGUCGAUCCCUCUGUAUACGAGCUAAGGAUGAGUGUGACAAACUCAUGGAGAUAUUUGGAGUGGCCUGGCCAGACGACAUGGAGUGUAGCAGGUUUCCAGAUUGUGAUCAACCCUAUCCUCGACCAGAAGAUCUGCAAACAGGCUCUGAUCCCACCGACCAGUCGUCAAUGGCCGUCCAGAGAGACUAUGGCUUCUGGUGCCCUAGGGAGCUCAAGAUCGAGCCAGACCUGGGUUACACCUUCAUGGGCAAGAAGGACUGCUCUGCUCCUUGCCCUACCAUGUUCUUCAGCCAGGGGGAACUAACUUUCAUGCGCUACUUCAUUGGAGUUGUUUCCAUUGUCUGUUUGUCCGCAACACUGUUUACUUUUUUGACGUUUCUCAUCGACGUGACCAGGUUCAGAUACCCUGAGCGACCAAUCAUCUUCUAUGCUGUGUGUUAUGUCAUGGUUUCAUUGGUGUUCUUCCUGGGCUUCCUCUUAGAAGACAGGGUAGCGUGCAACUCCGCCAGCCCUUCCCAGUUCAGAGCUUCAACAAUAACACAGGGUUCACACAACAAGGUCUGUACCCUUUUUUUCAUGGUCCUGUAUUUCUUCACCAUGGCUGGAAGCGUGUGGUGGGUCAUUCUGACAAUCACGUGGUUCCUGGCUGCUGUUCCUAAGUGGGGCAGUGAGGCCAUUGAGAAGAAAGCCCUCCUCUUCCACGCUGUUGCCUGGGGCCUCCCAGGAGCCCUAACCGUGACCCUGCUGGCCCUGAACAAAAUUGAAGGAGAUGGGAUCAGUGGAGUAUGUUUCAUCGGACUGUAUGACAUAGACGCCCUGAGGUGGUUUGUUCUGGCACCGCUCUGCUUUAACGUGGCGGUGGGUGUCUCCCUAUUGUUAGUUGGGAUUGUGGCUCUGAACCGGGUCCGAAUGGAGAUUCCACUGGAGAAGGAGAACCAGACCAAACUAGUCAAGUUCAUGAUCCGGAUGGGGGUCUUCUCCGUGCUCUACCUGGUCCCCUUGCUCACUGUGAUCGGGUGCUAUUUUUACGAACACACCUACCGCAGCCUUUGGGAAACAACCUGGAUGGAGGAGAACUGCAGAUUCUACCACAUCCCCUGCCCAUACAAGGUGGAGCAGACCAGUCAUCCAGCCAUGGCUUUGUUUUUAAUUAAGUACUUGAUGAUGUUGGUGGUCGGCAUUCCCUCAGUUUUCUGGGUGGGCAGUAAGAAGACCUGCUUUGAAUGGGCUAGUUUCUUGCAUGGACGCAGAAGGAAAGACAGUGGGGUGAAUGAAUCUCGCCAGGUGCUGCAGGAGCAGCCAGACUUAGCCCAGUCACUGCUGCGUGAACCAAACACCCCCGUCAUUAGGAAGUCCAGAGGAACAUCCACUCAGGGUACGUCAACCCAUGCCUCCUCCACACACUUAGCAGUCCUAGAUGAUCUGGACGAGCCAAUCAGGGCCCACCAUGGACAUCCAGCCUCUACCAAAAGUAAAGCCAGCAGCGUCCACAGCAAAGCUAGUUACCAUGGCAGCCUCCGACGCACCAGAGACGACAGGAGCGACACUGUGGCGCACCACGGCACUGAGGAGCGCAGUUUCCAUGGCAGCACGUCACGUCUCGACCACCCACUCUCCGCUCACAGCAGCCUACACCAGAUUGACAGUCACUCUAGGUCUGAAAGCCAGCAGGACGCCACAGAUGCCCCGCCCACCCUCAUCACCCACGGGACCACCGACAGCCGAGUGGCGGAGAAUGAAGGCACCAGCGCCUGAGUCUCCAGGAGUCACUGAUUUCACUGGAAGUUUCCAAGACGCUGUUAGUGCUUAAAGGAAACAUAACACACACACUGAUCAUAGCAGUGUACGUGUUCGCUAAGAAGAUGGUGAAGGUACCAUUCAGUGCUGUGGGGGUGGUCGUCAGUGUUCCUUACUGGUUGUUUGUUUUGCAGUGUGACGAAAGGCUACCACAGUGGAGUCUGACUUUGACUGAUGUCCUGCAGUUUUAGGUUCAGUGUUGUUUACUCGGUCAGUUGAAUUUAUGAUACAGUCGACUGAUAUUUGUUUGACUCACACGUUGAGUCAUAGAGAAUAAAUCCACCUAAACAGACGCAAUUCAGGGAAAGUUUCAGUUGAGCCAAAGUGAACCAGAGCUCGCGCUGGACAGGAAGCACUGACGAAAUGUGGGAUGAAAUCACUGCAGGUACAAAAGAACAGACCGACUGAAGUGGGUUUGUACAGCUGUGAUUCUGGAUUCAGAGCUGGGGCGAUUAUUUUUUAUACGGACAAAGGAGUGUCUUCAUCAGCUCUAGGACAUCCUCUGUAAAUCCUAAUUUCAUACAUUCAUACAGGGCCUACAAACAUUUUGAUGAAUAUGUGAACACUGCCGAGUAUUGCUAUUGUAACAAUCUUGAAUAGUUUGCCCACUACCUUAGUUGUAACUCAGAUAAAACUUGACUAAUUUCAGUCUUCAUCUAGACUUAGUUAUUUCCAGCCUUUGUUCAUCCUGCACUGCAGCUUUUAAUGAAUGAAACGCGUCUCUGUGUGACUUAAGAGACUGAUAAAUAUGGGCCUAUCGUGACAUUGUGGACCUCUGUAGUUUAAUAUGUUUAUACUGUGAAAACUGUGUGUCUGCUGCUGAAAGCUCUGUGUGUGUGAUUGAGAGAGGAAAUGAAUAAGAAAUAGACACAGUGGAGUCUUUUUAACUUUGAUUCCUCCCUCUGGUGAACCGAAAGCCGGAGGGAGGGGAAAGAUGAAACCUUGUGUGACCAAGAAUGUAAAAAGGAUGUUCUUGAAGUCAGAGAUACGUGGGCACUGUCAGGUCGAACGAACCGGAAAAAUGCGCGUGCACUUACCACAUACACACACACACAGUUCAGCUCAGGUCACAUUUGGCCUCCAAGAACAAUUUUAGCACUGACUGCACAAAGGUAUUCACCUGACAGAAAGAAACGGCAGCUUUUCAUAGAGGUCAGUUAGAUUUCAGCCACUCAAAUAAAAUAUCACAACAAACUGCUGAUAAUAACCGGUGUAACCCAAAUGUAGGCAUAUUUGCUGUAUCAAAGCCACAAAAAGGAAACAAAAAUACAUUUAGUCUCUUGUAUCUUAAGGUCAACAGGUUGAGUUGAGAGGAAGUGCAUUUCUUUUCUACUUUAAUUUCUUGCCCUGUACAUAAACAGCUUUUUUUUUACCUGCUCUGUGAUGUUGGUUUUGCUGUUGACAGAAAAUUAAAACCCACCCAAAGAGGUGCAGACAAUUGGCAGUGAAACAUUCAUUCAUUGUGCGUUACAUUACGUCUGACAUUUAUUUGACAGUCUGUGAGUAAAUGUCACAGUGAAUGUUUUUCUAUUUUUCUUAUUCCCCCAAAACCCUAAGAACCUACCUCACCUGUACGUCAGCUUUUGUGGGAAGGAAACAAUAGCCUCAAGAAUUGUACCUGCAGUGACAUUUAAGCUGAACAAACAGGCUUUAAGUAUUGAUUCAUAGGUUCGUCACACAUACACAGUCAUCUAUUAUGUGUAUCUGCAGUAGCUCAGUCCUUCCUUCCCACAGUUGGCUUUGUGUUUUUCCAGGCUACCUCUUCAGUUCACACCUAUCUAACUCUCCAGCCUUCAAUUUAACCUCACUGCUGCCUCUGUGUUUUACUUUCUCGUUACCUGCUGUCGAGUGUAUCUGUUGUACAUAACAUUUCCUGUUCUGUCUGAUGACUGAUCUGCCUCACAUCUGCCUUUUGACUCCAAAACUGCCUCUGCUCCUGUAAAUGUUCUCUUCUCUACUCCUUUUUCUUUGGACCUACAGCAGUUGUCUGUACUCUCGUAAGUGUUGACUGCUUACAAACACCAACUACUGCUUUUUUUUUGCUUUUUUUUUUUACCUCUGAACUGGUGAUCAAAAUGAGAGACACUAUGGUUGAUACUAUUACUGUGGAACUGCAGACUGACAACUCUACCUAUGGAAUAUUUCAUUCUAGUUACAUCAUUUAGGUCUGUAUUUAUUGGUUUCAGUUUGCCAGUUGAACAAGAAGAGGACUUUCAGAUGUUUUGUGAAAUAUGACCCAUUGUCCACUAUGGUUCUAAAGUUAAUAAUAUUGUGAAUUUUUAAACAAAUGUAUUUGCCUUUUAACUUAUUUUGCAGUUUUGAACUGUGAUGACUUUUACAUGCAGUCUAAUAAAUGCUCUUAAAGACUAAAAUGCUGUUUAUUCCAAAUGUCUUACAUCAGUAGUUCUAAUGGGUUAAGUCAUAACAUGAGUAAUCCCCUCCUUUACAGAAAACUGUACAGUCACUGCUUCAAGUUGGACAAUUUUAUCAAGAUAUGUUGUGAUUAGAAUAGAAAGAAAUUAGAAUCCAAAUGAAUUAACAGAUGAAAAUGUGCAGUUUUAAAUACUGAGGUAUAUUUCAGCAAUGGAACAGUACAUGAUAUAAAAUCACAACAUUAGGCUAUCAUCACUGACUUUUUUCAUUUCAUUGUGUUGUAAACCUGCGUUUUUGUAAUACAGUUUGUUGCAGGAUGUAGUAAAGUUCUUUUAUUUUGUAAUAAGUACUGCAGUUAUUUAAAAAUACACGAGCUUAUGAUGAUGUAACAAUGCAGUGCAUUACAUUAUAAUGGAUAUCUUAUCUGUAUACUUGUCUAAAAAUUGAGCUAAAUUAAAAUUGACUUUAGACUGUCAUUCUGUUUGAUCUUAGUCUAAAUCACAGUAAGCAGUAUUUACUAUCAAAGGGCUGUUUUGACAGGACUCC